CUUUGCCGGUUGCCAAGCGGCAGAUGCGUCAAGUCUAAAAACAACAAAAACUAAAUACAAACUGAAAAAAGGGUAUAAACAUGGACUUUGAUGAUGACUCGUUAGACGAUCUGUUACGAGACUCGUCAGCUAAUAAAUUUAAGAAGCCUGUCGUCAAUGUCGUCGCUGAUGAAUUGUUUUCCACUCCGAAUAUCCAGUCAUCGAGGAAGGAAAAAAAAUCUGCGUUAUUAGCUGAACUUUUCGGUCCAAGUUCUACCAGUUUUGGUGCAAUAGAAUCUAGUUUGGAGGAUCAUGAAAAAGACGCAGAGAAAUCCACGCCAGUCAACAGUUUCCUGGCAAAUUCAACAGUUCAAGGAAAGCAAAAUGAAGAAUUCAGCUUUGGCAGCUAUGUUCCAAGUGGUGUGGCAAAGCUUACUGGAUCCACGAGCAGACCAACCACUUCUGAUUCCCCUUCUAAGCAAAAACAAACAGAUUUCUUCCAACCAUCAAAUUUUAGCCUACCACAAAAGUCUGUAACCGUAGAUCAAUUUGUGCCUGCUGGUGGAUUGCUGAAAGAAUCCUUAAGCAUUCCUCCCCUGGAAAAAGAACCAGUCACCUCCACAUUACAGUUAAAAUUUCCUGUGCUAGUUCCAGAAUCAAAAAAUGGUGCAGAAAGCAGUUCAAAAUCCCACAGUGAGCUUCCGAAUCCAACUAUCCCACCAACAUUAUUUCCUAAACCAAUUUCCAAAGGAACAAACAUGGCUCAGCAGAUCCCAAAUGAGCAGCAUCAAGUAAUAACUGAUGCCAUUCCCUUUACUUUCCCAUUACCGAAGAACAAACCAGUUUCAAAAGAAAUAUUAGAUGACAAAAAUUUAGCAAUAAUUAAAGAUGUACUCGACAACUUCUCUAACAACUUCUGUAAAAGAUUAGAAACUUUCAUCGGGAAAAAUGAUAACUUUAGCGAUAUUACGAAUUGUCUUGUUGAACUGCACAAAUCCAUUAAUACAGCAACACAUAACUGGUCGAGUUAUGCAAGUAAGGCUCCUGACCGGGCAUUCGAGGAACUUGAAAGAAGAAUGUUGACGUUAGAGAAUAGAAUCGAACUGACCAGCCAAGAAAAUAAAAAUCUUCUUGUGCGACUUGACUUUGUUGAAAACCAGCUGCGUGAAAAUCGCAAUGAAUCCUCGAGAAUAAAGCUUGAUACAGAGACUGUUGUUGAAAGUCAUCUCAAGUGGAUGAGAGAGACAGUAGAUAAUCUCGAUAAAAGAAUCUCGACCCAUUCGUCUCAGUGCAAGCAUUAUGCAGGGGAGGAAAGUAGCAGCCGAGAACUAUUGCAACAAAUGCAGGAGAAACUGUUGAAUUUUGAAAGCAAACUAGUCAAGAGUUCCAUCGCUACGGGACAUCAACAGGAAGAAACGCUUCAUCUGCUGAAAGCAGAGUGUAAGUGGCUCGAGCGGCAAAAGAAGAAGCUAAACAGCGAUAGGAAGGAACUGCGGGUUUUCCAGAAGAAAAUUCAAGAAAAGCAGCGAAUCUUAGAUGAAUUUUCAGCGGAACUAUCGAAGACUUUCUGUCGUUUGCAAUCACAGUGUUUGGCUGUUGAUGCGCGAGUAAAAAAAAUCGAAAAAUUAUGGACUUCACUCCGAGAGAGGCCAGAAAAACUUAGUGAAGUAAAUAAAAAAGACGUGAGCAAGCAGAGCUUCAAGAGUUCCGACAUUCAAAUGGAAGAUUUCGGACUGGCCCUUUGGAAACUUCACGUCAAGGGGGACGAGCAAAAGCUCACCGAACAGCACAAUUUUCUACAAAUGCUGAACAGAACAGUGAUUUGAUAUCCUAAUUAACAUCUAAAAACUUAAUAUAGCAGGUUUAUUUAAAAAAGGUAUUUCUAUUUACCCGGAAAAUGAAUAAAGACAAACGGUCACUCCAGAUGUAGUAUGUGAAAAAUGUA